UGGGAAUCUCGCUCCGUGCUCCAGUCAAAUUGGGCACGCUCCGCUCCCCACUCUGUUUACAUACUCUGCUUGAAACCCAUUGAAAACCUGUGAUUUGAAUUGAAGAGGGCAGUUCAUAAGCACAGACAAAGGAUAUCAAGGACCUGGAAGGAUUUUGUAUGGAGGAAUGGUCUAAGAUCUCUCCCAAAAUGUUUAUCCUCAGAAGGUGAGGAAUUGAAAGUGGAGGAUGAAGUGCUGUCCCUGUGACUCCAGGAACCCAUCCAGUCAGUUAGCUCACACCAUCCAGAACGUUCUAUCCACCGCUGGACCCAACAGGUGGUGGCAGGCCAGGAAAGAUGUGAGUCAGGUCACCCUACAGUUGGACCUACAGAACCUGUUUCAGCUGGACACCCUCAUUCUGACAUUCAAGGGUCCUCGUGCCAGUGCGUUGGUGGUGGAGAGGACACUGAAUAAUGGUCAAACCUGGCAACCGUCUCUCUACAUGGCCUCAGACUGCCGCUCGGCCUUCUCUGGUGUUGCCUUGACUACACCACGCUCCCUGGACCAGACCUACUGCUACACCCUUCCCCCCAUCCCGGCUAACACUUACCAGGACCAGACAAUUAAAUUCAGCCCCUUGCAUCAGUUCUCUACCAUCAGCGUCCCCAAUGGGCAGAAGAUUCAAGAGGUGUCAGGAUUGACAGGCCUGCGGGUGAGGUUGACUGAGCUGGGUGCUGUGCCCCGCUUGCCCGGCCGCGCUCCCUCUCUGUUCUAUGCCCUCAGAGAGAUGAGAGUAAUGGGCACCUGCCUCUGCCACGGUCAUGCCAACCGCUGUUUGCCGGAUUCUACUACCAACCAGCUACCUAGCACACAGGUCAGUGCUCAGUGUGAGUGCCAGCACAACACAGCAGGUAUGAACUGUGAACGAUGUGCUGAUCUCUACAACGACCUGCCCUGGAGACCUGCAGAGGAGGGAAACACACACACCUGCAAACGUUGUGAGUGUAACAACCAUGCACAGCAGUGCCGUUUCGACCCAGCUGUGUAUGAGGCGAGCGGACGGAGGAGUGGGGGUGUGUGUGAGGGCUGUCUGCACCACACAACCGGGCCCAAGUGUGACCGCUGUGCCCCUGGAUUCCAACCCAACCACUGGAGCAGUAUAGACCGGCCUGACGCCUGCACACGCUGCCAUUGCAGUGCAGAGGGGGCGGAGAAUGGGGGUCAGUGUGAUGAUGUCACAGGGUCGUGUCGCUGUAAGGCCAACGUUGACGGACCGAGAUGUGACCGCUGCAAGAUGGGAUACUAUGGCCUGACCGCCUCCAACCUUCUGGGCUGCACGAAGUGCUCGUGCAGUGCAGAGGGCUCCCUGUCCAGUGUGUGUGACCCUGUGAGCGGUCAGUGUCCCUGUCGACCUUACCUCCAGGGGCUGACCUGUGACCUCUGUUCCCAUGGUUACUGGAACCCCUCCUCCCCCCGCGGCUGUGUGCCCUGUCGCUGUGACCCCACCAACUCCCAUGGUGACACCUGUGACCAGAGUACGGGUCAGUGUCUGUGCAGGUCAGGGUUCGGAGGUCGUACCUGUACAGAAUGCCCUGACAACACUUAUGGAGACCCCCUCAUUGGCUGCAGACCGUGCCAGUGUGCUGCUGGGGCCAUGGUACCAGGAGGCUGUGAUAAGAAUACAGGGACAUGCCGGUGUCGUCUUGGUGUCACAGGUGCCCGUUGCGAUGCCUGUAGCCGUGGCCACUGUGACUCCUUUCCUGACUGUGAGGUCUGCCCCUCCUGCUUCUUCUCUCUGGACUCCUACAUCCAGAACCUCACCCUGGGCCUAGAGAGACUCUCCCCCAGAAUCCCCUCUCGUCCUGGGGGCUCGUUGCCCACUGGUCUGGGUCCCCGCAUCCAAGCUUUGGAGGCCACUCUCACCCAGAUACGUGACUCUCUCCCACUCCCACCUCCCUCUACCAGACAAGUCAACGAUGCCCUCUUUCAGCUACGCAGACUAAGGGACCAGUUAGAUCAGGUGGAUGGGGAUCUGUCACCCCAAGGCAGAGGCCUCGAGCUGGGCUCACAGCUGGACGAGUUUGAGGCUCUCCUGGACGGCCUGGGUCUGCUGUACAACACCAAGAGAGACGCUCUCAGGAACUCUAUCAACUCCAACAAUGCAGGGGCCUUCUCUUCUAUAAAGAAUGCCUAUGAUGAGUUCACGGAUGCGGCCAAGAGUGUGGAGGCUAGUGGGAAGACUGUGGAUCAAUCUUUAGCGGUCAGAGAGGACGCUCUUGACCUCCAGAACCAGGUCCAACCAGCCAACACCAGAGACCUGGAGAAACUCAACCAGCAGCUGAACACCAAACCUGACCUCACACCCACUGCCAAGCAGGUGUGUGGCAGUGUGCGCUCUGCCCCUUGUAACCCUGCCUGGUGUGAUGGUGAGCUUUGCCCUGCGGAGGGUGCGCCACCCUGUGGUCAUGGGGAGAGUUGCGUUGGGGCUCUGCCUCUGGGGACCCGAGCUGUGAGGGAUGCUGAGGAGGUAAAGGACAGACUGCAGCUGCUCAAUGGGAAGAUCACACAGGCUGCUGCACAGAUCCAGAAAACACAGGACACAGUCAAUCUGGUCAGACAGUCCACGGAUGAUCUGGUCAAUCAGAUGAGGCGGACCAGGGAUGACUUGGAGGCAGAUCUGCAGGAGACAAGAUACUUUGUUAAAGAGCUGAAGGACUUCCUGUCAGACCCGUCGUCAGACCCAACAGCCAUCAGUACGGCAAGUGAGUGGAUCUUGAACGCCAAGCUGCCUCUCAGUCUGGCAGCUCUGAAGAGGAAGCUUCAGGAGAUCAGAGACCUGGCGGCAGGACUCCCAGACAGCACUGCAGUCCUGGACCAGGCUGGACCACAGCUCGACACCGCCCAACGCCUGCUACAGGAGGCCCAGGAUGCCAGCGAUGCUGCGCUGGGUGUGAAGGCUGAUGUUGACGGGCUGCUGGAGGGCUUCACCACCGUGGAGGGCUCCCUCUCUGGCCUGAACGACAAAGUGCAGGACAGCCUGGACAUAGUGGAAGACAUCAGCAACAGUCUCACACAGACCAAGGCCCAGUUGACUCCCACGGUGAAGGCUCUAGGGGAGGUGUCUGCCCUGGCUGAGGGGAUGAAGCCUCAGCUGGAGGGGCUCAAGGUGCUGGUGCACUCUGGAGGUCUGCUGGCCCAGAAUGCUAAGGGAGAGGCCGAUAAGGCUAAGAAGGAGGCAGAUGCUGCGGCCAGGGACCUGGCAUCCCUGGAGAAGCAGCUGGAGAAGCUGCGUGCUGCAGAGAGGACCAGUGGUCAUGGCGAUGGGACGGGGGCAGCAGGUGAGCGUCUCCAGAAGCUGCAGGAGGAGGCUGGUUCUCUGGCCCAGGACACUGGAGACAUGAUGAAGUCACUAGCAGGUAAAGCAGACUCUCUGCGUAGACUACAGGAUGAGGUCCUACUGAAGUCCCAGAGGCUGACCGGUCUGGACGGCAAACUGCGGGACCUCCUGGCUGACAUGAGACAGAAGGUCAAGAUCCUCUCCACCUGCCAGGGCUGAGAGAUUUGUAUCUUUAUCCUACUACAUCCCAGUGACAUCAUUAGGCCUGGGAUUUCUGGGGCUGCAGCCCUGAAUGUUUUUGGUCCAGCACCAAACCUUUUGAUGGUUGAAGAAUAUAGAAAUUGCAGGCUGUAUGUCUGGUAUGAGUUCCCAUACUGGCAUAUUACUUACACUCUAGGCAGUAUGCCAUAGAGACUGUCAUGAUUUUAGCAUUACUUUACUGAAAACUGUGUGUCACUAGCCCAAAUUGUUCAAAAGAUGUGAUUUAUUUUACCGGAGAUAUGUUGUUGUUUUUUACUAUCGUGAAUUCACGGGAAGCAUAAAGAUAAAUAAACCAUGUCCCUGCUGUAUUAAAACUAGGCUACUUGAGGAUCGCUAAUUAGAUUAUUUGUUCAAUAACAAACAAGCUUGUUCAGUCAUGUUACCUUAUUAGCUAACAACCUGGUAAUCGGACAGGCACACAUUUGGUUUAAGAUGGAACAUGGAGAAAGAGAUAGUGAUCCCAAAAGUAUAUGUUUUAUCCUAGUGGGGGGCGUGGGAAAAAAUAAAUAGACAUCAUUUGGGUAGGGUGUAGUCCUGGGUAGAUUUAGGCUAUGCCAUGUUGUCUUCAGAAGAUUUUCUGUUUAAUUUCUUUCUUUCACAUUAGCUGAUGUAAGACAGUGGCACAAUUCCUAUUCCUUAUAAUGGGCUAUCAUAUUAUAGGAUAAUGAGUGUGUUUGUCAGCAAGAACAGUAUUUUUAUUCCUCAUACUUCUUUUAUUAUUCCACUUCUUCCCAAUUUUGUCAGCAUUCAUAUAGGUAUACGCUAUGUCAUGGUCAUGUUGAUUGUAAGUCAUAAAACAAGAAUAGGCUAUAUUGAAAUGCCUGUUACAUCAAUUAUUUGUUUUAUUUUAGUAGUGUGCACAAGCAGCUAGUCAGUGAUGGUAAGGGGACUCUCAAUAGCUCAUAAACGCAAAAGAUCUUGCCUAUGUAUUGUAAGAUGACAAGUGUCUGCAACUAGUCAGCCUCACCUUUUAGAUGUUUCUUGAAGGUGGGGUGACUUGAAGAAAUUAAUUGUUAUAGCAUUAACAUUUUCAAACCCCCUGCACUUGGGAAACAUACCACCCCUGCAGGACUUUCUUUCUUAAAGCUGUAUUUUAAAGGGAUAGCUCACCCACAUUGUAGAAAAAAGGCUCUCAUUUUUAAUAUACUUUUUAGGGAACUGUCCCUUUAAUUUGCACUUUUUAGUUAACUUUGCCUUUAACUGCAGGCACUUCUGAGCCAUCACAACAACGUAUCACAACAAAUGUUAAUAUAGGCUUUUGAGCACUGGAUACUAUACAUAUCUAUGCUUUUAAUUUUGGGGAUUUGUGUGUGUUUUGUAUUGUUGGUAUUGCUGCACUGCUAGAGCUAGAAAUCUGCGAUAACAUCUGCUAAAUAUGUGUACAGAACCAAUAACAUUUGAUUUGAUUUUGCUCUGAGCGCACCUGCAACCAAUUCCCUUAUUAAAUACCUGAGUUCCCUUUGUCUUUAGUUCAGUGCCAAACAACCCAUGCCUCUUGAAGAUACUCUCCAGCAUUUAUCAAUUUUAUUUCUGUUAUCUGUGCAUCCAAUACCCAACGUGAGUAACCCGCAACAUUGUUUCCAUUUUACUUUCUGUUUCAUGUGUGAAUAUAUGAGCAUUUAAUGAUGCACUGUUGUAUCAGUAGUUGUAGACUGUUGAGUUGUUGCAGCAUGUUGCGUAUGGACAUGAAUCAUUCAUCUAUUUUGGAUAUCCUUUGAAGUGAUGAUACUGAUAUGGAAAUGAUGUGUAUGAUAAUUAUGUUUAUGAUCUAAGAUAUGAUCAUGUGAAUUCUUUAUGACAUUUCCUAAUGCAAAUGUUUUGCUUUCUAUUUUUGGUUUAUUUUUAGCACACAAGUCAAUAAUCGAUUAUGAUUGAUUGAAGAAAAUAAACCGAAGCCCCAA